AUGUGGGAGCUUGAGCCGGGACGAGACGGCCGCUCUCCCGGGUCUCUGGCCGGCAUCUGGCUCCCCCCCCCCCGGACCGGUCUACACGGGCAACUACUGUUGCACCAAUCAGGGCCUAAAAACAACCACCCUGCCGAGGAUCAUCGGGCAGCGCUCCUCAAAAUGGCCGCCGCACGCCAGCCAUGUGCGCAACCUACCCGCAUGAUUAAGCUGAUCGCAUGGGAGACCAACCAGCACCACCUGACCACCAUCACAGCCUGCCCCAGGGAUAUGUCAGCUGACUACACUGGGACGAACCAAGGUACAGGCUAA